GCAGCGCAGACACACACACACACACACACACACACACACACACACACACACACUCACACACACACACACACACACAGAUCUCUGGCAGUAUCUCGAAUCUCACUUCUGGUGAGGACACCCAGUAAGAAGGGCAUUCUUGAGGCAGCCGGCGGCAAAAAGGCAGCAGGACAGAACAAAGAAGUUGAGGAAACCCUUAAACCUUUACGCGACCACAUCUGACUGCCUUUGACCUCCGCCGGACUCACACACUCCUCACACACGCACACACUCGCGGGCUGACUUGCACACCAGCCGCACAACCGGCUCUUCUCCCCAGUUAAAAGUCAAGGAUUUUUCUGACUGAGGUAGAGAGAAGGAGAGAAUAAGAGCACGCCGGAAAUUUAACCCAUCAAAGAGCAAAGGAUCCUCUUUCUCGAGGGCAUGCAAUGAUAAGCUGUGUGAAGCCAAGCUGAGCCGAUCUCUGUAGAGAACCAUCAUAUCAUUCACCCUGUUCUGCCUGGUCCCAGAUGGAGCUCAAAGUGUGGGUGGAUGGAGUGGUGCGGGUGGUGUGCGGCCUUUCGGAGGAGACCUCUUGCCAGGAUGUUGUCAUUGCUUUGGCACAGGCCAUCGGACAGACAGGCCGAUAUGUUCUUAUCCAGCGUCUGAGGGACACAGAGAGACAGCUGCUGGCCACAGAGAAGCCGCUGCAGUCCCUGGCGAAGUUGGGCCAGCAUGGCAAUGAAGUUCAGUUCUUCCUGCGUCGCACUGGCCCAAGCACCAGUGAUUCACCUAGUUCAAAACAGGAGAGAACAACUCCCGUUCCACUGCCCAAGCAUCCUGAACCAGAGCCUUUGAAACAACGUAAUCAGCCUAAGAAAGCCCUUACCUUUAACUUGGGGCCAUCCACUUCCCCUAAAACUAAGACCAAACAGUUUAAGAGAUCUCCUCGGGACUCUCCAGAGCAAAGAGCCUCCCCAUCUCUUUCACCCAGCCCCGUGUCCCCUCAUGUGCCAUCCCUUUCUCCUUCACCACCCGUAGGCCCAUCAAAAGACGAGGUCUUUAGGAAAGUUCUUCAGCAGCAAGAGCGACUAAGAACCAUUGAGGAUCAGCUAGAAGCCAUAGAGAGGGAUUCACAUUCCAGGGAACAUCCAUAUCCCUCCCCAAGUCCCUCACCAGUCUCUGAUGUUCGCUUGCAAGAAGAGAUGGACGCUUUAGAGCAAGCAAUGCGUAGGAACCAGUCCGAGCUCGCCCAUGAGCAGUACUGGGAGGAGGAACUUCAAGCAGAGAUAGAGAAUGAGCGGGGAAUGAGGAGGAAGCUGGGGGAGCUCCAUGCCAAGCUGGACGACUGCGGAAGACGGCUCCAUGAGUUCUCAGUUCGCUCUGCUCAGCUGGAACAAGAGAUCCAGAGGGAGAGCCAGGCAGAGGGCAAAGCCAACGCGCCUAAGGAGUCUCUUGAUGCUGUGACGGCAGAGCUACUGAGCCGGGAGAGGCACGGGACAGAGCUGGAGGAGCACCUAUCUGAGACUGACAAGGCUCUGGGGAAGGCAGAGUCUCUGCUGCAGGCCAAACAAGAGGAGCUGGAGGAGUUGAAUAAGGAGCUGAGGCAGUGUAACCUGCAGCAGUUUAUUCAGCAGGCAGCUGUCCUGCCAGCACAUACCCACUCACGUACAGAUCUGCAGGAGCAGUUGGAAAUGGCACAGUUUCUGCAAGAAGGCUAUAUAAAUGGCCGCAGUUUAACCCCGGUGGACUCUCCUCCUCGCCCUACUGCCAAACAGUUCCUGGGACACCCGCGAAAUCUACAAAACCCUCUAGUGUCCAGUCUCAACCCUGAGGUCCUGACAUCCCGAGAGUCGUCAUGGAGAUAAAACAUGGACCACAGGGCCACGGGAAAGUUGAUCACUGUUCUGUCAACAUCACCUCUAAUUUAACCAUUUUGUAACCCAUUCAUUCCUUAUUCAAUCUGCCAUUUGCAUUCUGUAUAUAUGUGACAAAUAUUUACAGUUUUGCUACUAUAAAAACUUUAUGUAUCUGUAUGAAAUGUAAAAAUAUUUAGGAAACUUUGACCUUAUAGAGAUUAUGACUAUGUAUUUAAAUAUAAUAAAA